AUGUCAUACCAUCAUUUAAACACAAAUAAUCAAAAACAUUGACAUUUGUGGGUUUUAGUACAACAACCAACGAGAGAUACAACAGUAAACAUAAGAUAAACAGAUAGUUUUUACAUGGAUAUUGCAAAAACAAACCAAUUAAAUAUAAGUUAGGCCACCAUGUCGAAGCGUCAACGCGAUGGGCUUGAUGCCCCGGCAAAAAAGGCGGCUAAGAAUCGGUUCAAAAAGCUCGUCCGAACCGUAAUACUGAACAUGCAGUGGCUAAAUGAAGCCACCGAGGAGACUGGAAUUUCGCUGAAUGUGAAGAAGAAUGUGGCCAUGUUGGUGCGACAGAAGCGUAAAGUCGGCAUGAUGACCAUGGCCGAGAAAUCGCUACUGCGCACUCCACAUUCUACGCGUACCGUCGAGGACAGAAAGAAGCUGUGCACCAUUGUGGCAAAUCUGGCGUGCUUUUCAAAAUUUACACCAAAAGUCCGGGCUCGUCUUGUUCCGCAUGUCAAAUUCAUGGCGGUGACUCCCGGACGCGUUAUUAUGAAGGAGGGGGAUUUCCCUGUAACGAUUUAUUUUAUAAUCGCUGGAGAAGUGGAAAUGUCUAGGAAUGUUUUAAAUAAGGCCACCAAGACUUAUGAACUGCAAUCAGAGGCUAUUUUUGGACCCGGCGAUUGUAUUGGCGACAUCGACGUCAUGGAAGACGCACCCAGAACCAACACAUACAUCGCCACAACUAACUGCGAGCUACUGGCAGUCUUUAAUAAGAACUAUAAAGUGGUCCUGCAACCUCACAUGCAAAAGCUGUGGCAGGAAAAGAAGUCUGCCCUGCGGGCUCUUGACUAUUUUAACUUUCUAAACGAGGAGCAAAUUGUGAAUGCCAGCAAGUAUGGAACCAUUCAGCAGUUCGACCCCUUGGAGACGAUCUACACCGAGGAUUUGGGCUCCAUGAGCUAUGUCUACUUUGUUCUCAGCGGCGAAUGUGUCGUUUUACAGUGCCUUCACAUGAAGGUGAAUAUGGUUGACAGGGAGAAGGUAUUCGAGCUGGCAACUGUAACUAAAAAGGAGUCCGGAGCCCUCGGGAUGCAAGUUGGCUCCAAGUUCAAUGCCAACAACGACUUUUUCGACGUCAAUGAAUAUAUGCAGUCCAGUUCAUCGCUAGAUGAGAACAACCAAAGCAAGAAAAGGGGACUGCGAAAAAUGGGUCUCAAGGAGAUACAGCGAGCCUGCGCUGAGAUGAAAAGACCGCCACCUAGAAGAUCCACCAGGGAUACAUGUCGAAAUCGGCAACGGUUGCGACAGCGAAUGCGGGAGGCAGAACGCCAGGAAGUGCGGGAGGAGUACGAGCUGUACAUAUCAGACGAAGGCGAGGACACCUACGACAUGUCUGAGGAUCCGGCCGAGGAACGGUAUAGUGAUAACUCCGGCAAACGAUCGCCCAUCUCACCCGUCAUCAGCGAGGUGGGCGAUGUUGAGAGCGAGUCGGAGGGUUCGGAGAUAUUCACCGCCUCGAGCCAUUCGCAUCGAACCAUUGUCGAGGAAUCGGAAGGCAUGGAGCACUAUGAAACGCAUUUCAUUGACGUUGGCUCACUGACCUAUGGCGGGAUCUUUGGUUUGGGCGAGAAAAUGCAUCAUCGCGUAAUAAUGGCGAGGACAACGGUGCAGUGCAUCCUAAUACCACGGUUUUGGCUUUUUGAGCCAGCCCAAAAUCCUGGCAACAUUUGGCAGCGACAGCGUUUCUAUAUCGAAUGUAAUAUCCCAACUAGGGAGGCUUUGUACACGGACUUUCUCAAGACACGAAAGUGGGAGAAGUUCAGACGUGACUAUAUUGAAAACAUACUAAAUGCUGAUUCCUUGGCCAACUUUACGAAGGUCGAAGAUAUUCCCAUCAUAAGCCGCAUUGUGGAGACAAAAGCUGACGAAGCUUCAGUUUGACAUCAAUUUACUUGCUGUUCUAUUUAUACAUUUGCAAGUUUCCAGCAUUAUUAAAUCAUUAGUAUUGCUUUCAAAAUUCCUUGGGGCCUUGACAGCGAGGUAAAGAAUUCUUCGAUUCAAAUGCCUAGAUAUAUCGCUUAUUUACAAGAGCAUACAAUUGUGUACAGUACUUUAUGUUUAUAAGCCUGAAAUUGAAUA